ACUAGGAGAUGAGUGUGAUGGCAGCCCUGUGUGUGAACGUGGUGACAGUCAACAUGUUACUGAGUGUCUUCUUUCUUUCAGGUGUUUGGGCUCAAUGUGGUGACAAUACAGCCCUCAUCAUUACUGCACCAAAGAAGAUGGAAGCACUGAGUGGAUCUUGUUUGAAAAUCCCAUGUAACUAUAGAGAGAAACCAGGAAAAGGGUUUGACAGCAGCAGAGAAACCUUUGGAGUGUGGAUUAAAAAUGACUCAAGGUUCGGAAAUCAUCCAAAAAAUAUAGUCUUCAACAGUAGUGGGUCAGUUAACAUCUAUCCAAUGAAUAUUACUGGAGACCUGAGUCAGAAAUACUGCACCACUCUGUUUUCUGAUUUAAAAACAAGUCAUUCAGACACAUACUACUUCAGAAUUGAGAACGAACCGUUCAAGGCAACAGCUGAUUGUGAUCCUCUUCAAAUAACAGUUAAAGAUUCUCCUUGGAGACCCACAAUUAACAUCUCAGGUGGUGUGAAGGAGAAGGAGUCUGUCACUAUCACCUGCUCAGCUUUCACUCCCUGUCCACACUCCCCUCCUAAACUCACCUGGAAUCUACAACAAGACCCUCCCAACAAAAUAGAGGAAAACACAGAUGGGACCUUUACAACUAAAAUCCAGGAGACCAUCACUCUGUCAGACACACAUGAUGGAAACAACAUCAUCUGUUCUGUCAGAUAUCCUGUGAAUGAAGGAAAAGACGUCAAGACAGCAGAGACACAAGAGACUCUCAGUGUUUCAUAUGCUCCUAAAGACACCUCAGCAUCCAUCAGUCCAUCAGGUUUGGUGUCAGCAGGUAGCUGGGUGAAUCUGACCUGCUCCAGCAGAGCCAAGCCUCCCAUCAGACACUUCACCUGGUUCAAGAACAGCAAAGAUGGACCCAUGAUCGUAUCUGAAGGACACUUCUACAGCUUCACUGUGACUGAUAGAGGAGGUUAUUACUGUGUGGCCUCAAAUCAACUUGGUAACCAGAAGUCACCGUGGAUCCAUCUGAAUGUUGGAUUCUCGUUACCUUGGGAACCAGUUGUUGGAGGAAUCAUUGGGAUCAUUGUCCUCAUCUGCUUGAUCAUCUUUGUUUGGUGGUUAAAGUCAAGGCAUCAAAGUCAACAACAGACUCAGAGUCAAAGAGGUGAAGAUCUGGUUGUUGAAGAAGCUGCAGGUGAAACAGAAGUAGAAAACAUCCAUUAUGGAGAGAUCAACUUCUCCAAGCAGAGACGUGACCCGUCCUCUGACUCAGUGCAGGACAGUGGACAGCAGCAGGACACGGUGUACGCACAGGUCAAGAUCAAGAAACCAGCAAAGAGAUUAACACAGACUGUUGACGACACAGAUUAUCUCUAUGCUGAAGUCAAGAAAAAAUGAGAAUUGUGUUUUGCUUGUGUAGAGAUUCAAUUUGACAAAAUCAGUUACAGAGAAAAACAUUAAGAAAUGCUAGUUUUUUUGUAACAGUUGAAUGAAGCAACCUGCUGAGAAAAAGUAGGAGCUGCAAACUCUGCGAGAAGAGUUUUUGUGUAUCUUCUAUGUGUAGUAUUGUACUAGUGAUUUGGUUUGAAUGUGUGUAGGUGACCUGACACCGAAAUAGUUGUACAAGCAUAAUGGGUAAUAUUUAAUUUUAAAUAUUUUAGUGUCAUUAUGUUGAUAAGGAAUUAAUUUUGUUACGUAUACUCUGCAUGUGUUACCUUCAUAAUUUCAUACCAAAAUGUGAGGAAGAAAACAGUGUUUAUUUUUGUUAUUCAGCUGAGUCUCAUUGUAACACCUCUUAAUUGUUGCCUUUUUCAGCCUUCAAUGUUGUGUUGGUUGAAUAUUUUUUUUCAGUGUGAAAUUUUGUAGUUGUGUGAAGUUU